AUGAAACCGCUAUCUUAAGAAGACUAGAUCACAUUUAUGUAUAAAGAUUUUAGGAUGUUUAUGAAGAUUAAGUAUAUUUAUAUGUUGUUUAUGAUCAAUAUGCAUGAAGAGAAUAAAAGUUUCUAUUUCCUUAGUUGUUAUAAACCACUGAAAAAGUAAUAGCUGAAUUGCUAUAUAUAUUAUUAUUGGGAUUAAAUCACAUACAUAGCAAAGGAUUAUUUCAUAGAGAUAUCAAAUUUGAUAACAUUUUUAACAGAUUUCCUGGGUCUAUCACUGAUUGCUGUUUUUGAAUUUUUCAAGCGCAGAUUUUCAUGA